GAAGAGCUGCUGUGAAGUGACACUGAAACGAGGGCAAGUCUUUCAGCUCUCGUGACGACAGCAGGCGUGUGUGUGUGUAUAAACUGUUAGAUUCCUUCAGUUCGUCUGCAGUCGUUCGUGAUUAUGGCGCUCGUUUGGAGGAAUGUAACGUUACUCUUUCUUGUGUUCGCGCACUUCUUAGUGUCUUGUUUGUCUACUCAAUGUGGGGAACCAACAAAGUAUCCUGACAAGCAGCUGCACCAAAGAUAUCUCCAAAAAUUCAAGUUCAAUAAUGGAGAAAAAGUGGUUUAUAUGUGUUCCCCGGGCUACACACCAUCAGAAGGAAGUCGGACAUCACUGUGUCAGCAAGGACACUGGACACACUUGAACCUGAAAUGCCAAAAGAAAAAGUGCAAUGCACUGGGUGAGAUAGAGAACGGACAGUACAUUCAAACAGGACGAUCAUUCGGUGAUAAAGCCAUUGCUACGUGUAAUAAAGGAUAUGCAUUAAGAGGGGAAAAUGUUCGUACGUGUACGCAAACCGGUUGGAGUGGGACGGACCCCAUCUGUGAGGUGUCGAGGAUCAUGUGUUUAACACCUGAUGUGGCAAACAGAUUGAUAAAACCUGGAGAAAGGACACAGUACAGACCCCAAGACACUGUAACCAUCGUCUGCAGCGAGGGGUUUGUACUGACUGGCUCGCCGCAGGUCACAUGUGGACCAGACGGCCAAUGGCAGGGCUUGCCUGAGUGCCGCUCGAAAGGUAAAUGUGGUCCAGCUCCGUCAGUCCCUCAUGCUUUCCCCAGAGAGAGAUCCCUCAAACUGAGAGAGUAUCCAUCUGGGUCUCGCGUUCACUACAAAUGCAGUACAGGAUACGUGCGAGCCAGAGGAAGCUCCACUAUACACUGCUUUAAAGGCCAGUGGAGAAACCUGCAUCUCCGAUGUGAAAGAAAGAAAUGCGGAUCUGCCGGAGAGCUCUCCUAUGGCCUAUACGAGUACACCGGCGUGUCAUUUGGAGAUUCAGCUACAGCCAUCUGUAACGAAGGGUAUGAGCUGACCGGCCCAAAAGUGCGGAUCUGCCGGGAUGGAGGCUGGGAUGGAAGGAGCCCUGUGUGUGAACCUGUGCACUGUCCUCCACCUCCAGAGGUCAGGGAUGCGGAGUUUGACCCCAUAUAUGACCAUGUUCCUUUCGGUCACGUGGUGUCCUAUCACUGCCGUUCUGGAACUCUGAUUGGUGCAAGAGAGAUUUACUGCACCAAGAAGGGCUCCUGGAGCGCUCCUCCUCCUGAGUGCAAAGACAUUGUCUGUCCUAACCCCCAUGUGCCGCAUGGAUCAAGAAUGAGGGGUUUCAGGGCGGUCUAUAAAUAUGGAAACACCGUGAAAAUCGCCUGCAACCCUGGUUUAAGACUUUUAGGAGAGAGUUUUGUCACCUGUGGCGCAGACGGGGAAUGGAAACCAAGACUUCCAGAAUGUGUGUACAUGAAGUAAUUUACCAAACAAAUAUUCCUCUGAAAGACACAAUAUAGCUAGCUGUCUCAAAGUCAUAAUGAAACAUUUCUUUUCUCUGUAUUUCAUUAAAAUGAGCAGAACAAUUUACAAUGAAUGUUUUAUAUUUAUAUAUUUUCUGUUGAACUAGAGCAGUGAUAUUUUUAUAUAUAUUAUAUAAAAUAUAUAAGAUAUUUUUUUUAUAAAGCAUGUUUUUCCCCCAAGAAUAAAUAAAAAUAAGGACCAAAAUAAAUAAAUAAAUAAUAAAAAAAUUAAAUUAAAUUAAAAUAAUAAUAAUGACAUUGAGACCAUUAUUCAAUUAGAUCAGCAUAAAAUUGACAUUAAAUAACUAAUGUUAAAACAAAAAUCCAUAUUUAUUGUAUGGAUAUUCCAUUUGUGAUGAAGUAUGUUAAUGUGCUUUACCUGUAAACUGUGACUUUUUCUGUGACAUCAUAAUAAAAAUGGAAACUGUUUAGUCUUUUAA